AUGUCUGCUAGCUAUUGGGAGUCAACGCAGCGUCACAAAUGGCAGUACACUCGUGAAUCUCUGUCCAGAGAACGUCAGCAACUCUGGCUAAUGGAAUGUCAGCUAUUCCCUCAAGGUCUGACCGUGACAAUGGAGAACCAUAAAGGAUCGAGUGAGCCAGUGACACGCAAUAUCCCCAUAACGCGCUACGAUUUGCAUUAUGGCAAGGACUACAAUUUGCGUAUCUACUGCUACUUUCUCAUAAUGAAGCUUGGGCGGCGCCUGAACAUCAGGCAGUACGCUCUGGCCACUGCACACAUAUACUUAUCUCGGUUUCUGCUAUUAGUGUCGAUUCGCGAGGUAAAUCUGUAUUUAUUGGUGACUACAUGCAUAUACCUCGCCUGCAAAGUUGAAGAGUGUCCACAGCAUAUACGUUCGCUGGUGAAUGAGGCCCGUUCUCUGUGGCCAGAAUUUGUACCUCCAGACCCUACCAAAGUCACAGAGUUCGAAUUUUAUUUGAUCGAAGAAUUGCAAAGCUAUCUCAUGGUACAUCAUCCAUAUCGGUCUAUGGAGCAAAUUGUUACUGCUCUGCGCUGCGAACCUUACGGCUUGACACUUACAACCGAGGACCUGCAGAACAGCUGGUCGUUGAUCAACGACAGUUACAUAACCGAUGUGCAUCUGAUCUUUCCGCCACACGUGAUAGCAAUGGCCUGCCUAUUUAUAACUGUGUGUCUGCAGGGCUCACAGCAGCCAACAAAUCAGCAAACGUUCAACAGAUUCAUGGCCGAAUCGCACGUCGAUCUCGCCGAGGUCAUGGAGACGAUUCAAGAUCUUAUCACUCUCUAUGAUUACUGGGACAAGUACAACGAGCCAUGGAUCAAAUUUCUACUACACACUCUCUACUUAAGGCCAUGA